AUGUCAAACAUCGGUCAGGAUUUUGCUCAUGCCCUCCCUUCUCAGGGUAGAUGGAAAGAAGAUAUUUCACGAUGGCUGGCCGAGGAUGUUCCAUCUUUUGAUAUUGGUGGCUACGUUGUGGGCGAAGACAUAAAGAGUGCUACAUUGUGGUGCAAGCAAUCUGGUGUUCUUGCAGGUGUUCCAUUUGCUCAAGAAGUCUUUAAUCAAGUAGGUGUUACUGCUGAGUGGAAAGUUAAAGAAGGUGAGUAUAUUAAGGCUGAUGGAUCAAAUAAGGUUGCUGUCGCUAUUAUUACUGGACCUGUUCGUAAACUUUUACUGGCAGAACGCACUGCUCUCAAUAUUCUUGCUCGUGCUAGUGGUGUUGCCACUCAAUCUUAUGAAAUUGUCACUCUUGCCAAAGAAGCUGGAUUUUCCGGUGUUAUUGCUGGUACGCGUAAGACAACACCAGGCUUACGUGCUGUGGAGAAAUAUGCAAUGAUUGUCGGGGGUGCUGAUCCUCAUCGUUAUGAUCUGUCUUCUAUGGUGAUGUUGAAAGACAACCAUGUCUGGUCGACUGGCUCGAUAACCAACGCUGUCAAGGCAGCUCGCAGAGUUGCUGGCUUCGCAACUAAAAUUGAAGUUGAAGUUGGAUCUGAAGAUGAAGCUGAUGAAGCUAUUGCAGCUGGUGCCGACGUUAUUAUGUUAGACAAUUUUAAAGGGACCGAACUUCAGGCUGCUGCAUUGUCCAUUAAGGAAAGAUGGGCUGGUAAAAAGCACUUUCUUUUGGAAUGUUCUGGUGGUCUUACUAAAAGUAACAUCAAGGAAUAUUUGACAAAUGAAAUUGACAUUUACUCUACUUCUUCUAUUCAUCAAGGUGUUUCUACUAUUGAUUUCUCUCUUAAAAUUAAUGUUUAA